GAAGCAGGCCCGGCCCGGGGGGAGAGCAGGGGAGGAGAUCGAGCAGCAAGGCUUCCCCGCCCGAUCCCUUCUCCCUCCCCACACCCCACCUACCCAACCCGCUUCCCUUUGCAAUGAAAGCCCCUCUGGAUCCCUUUCCCCCGUUUAAGAGGCUACAUUAGUAACUCCCCCCACCCCAUAAUAGUACAAAAUGCUGGGCAUGUACGUGCCGGACAGGUUUGCCCUGAAGUCAUCUAGCAUUCAAGACGGGAUGGGGCUCUUUACGGCCCGGAGAGUAAAAAAGGGCGAAAAAUUUGGACCCUUUGCAGGAGAGAAGCGAAUGCCUCAGGAGCUGGAUGAAGACACAGACUGCAGACUGAUGUGGGAGGUGCGUGGGAACAAAGGUGAGGUGCUUUAUGUGCUGGAUGCCAGCAGUCCAAGGCAUUCCAACUGGCUCCGCUUUGUACAUGAAGCACCAUCCCAGGAACAGAAGAACCUGGCUGCUAUUCAGGAAGGAGAAAAUAUUUUCUACUUAGCUGUUGAGGAUAUUGAAACAGAUACAGAACUGCUGAUUGGUUACCUUGACAGCGACAUGGAAGAAGUAGAGGAAGAAGAGGAGGAAGUAAUUACUAACCAGGAAGAAGAUGACAGCAUCAUCAGCAACAAUGGUAACAGCAGCCAUAAGGAAUUGCAACAAACUAGUGAGAAAGAUUCUUUUAGUUGCAAAGAGGACCACGCCUGCCCUAACUGUGAAUCCAGUUUUGCCAGCCAGGAAAUCCUAGCUGAACACCUUCAGACGUUGCACCAAAAACCCAGUGAGGAAAAGGAAUUCAAAUGUAGGAAUUGUGGGAAGAAAUUCCCAGUUAAGCAAGCUCUGCAGAGGCAUGUUCUCCAGUGCACAGAGAAUGUCAACCCGGGAGAUCGUUCGAGAAGUUUUCAGUGUUCUGUUUGCAACACAUCCUUCAGCUCAGAAUUGAGCUACGAGCAACACAAAGAAGCAUGCCGAGGUGACGCCAGGUUCGUUUGCAAGGCUGACAGCUGCGGGAAGAGGUUCAAGAGCAAGGAUGCUCUGAAAAAACACAAGGAAAAUGUGCACACUGGAAACUCUAGGAAGAGGCUGAUGUGCUCAGUGUGCAAUAAGAGGUGUUCUUCAGCAACAAAUCUUCAAGAGCAUCGAAAGGUUCAUGAGAUCUUUGAGUGUCAGGAAUGUGACAAGAAAUUUAUUUCAGCUAACCAGCUAAAACGCCAUAUGAUUACUCACUCAGAAAAACGCCCCUACACCUGCGAGGUUUGCAAUAAGUCCUUCAAACGACUUGAUCAAGUGACUGCACACAAAAUAAUACACAGUGAAGAUAAACCCUAUAAAUGCAAGCUUUGUGGAAAGGGAUUUGCCCACAGAAAUGUUUACAAGAAUCACAAGAAGACCCAUUCUGAGGAGAGACCAUUUCAAUGUGAGGAAUGCAAAGCACUGUUCCGAACGCCAUUCUCUCUGCAGAGACACCUUCUAAUACAUAACAGUGAAAGAACCUUUAAGUGUGAUCACUGUGAUGCAACCUUCAAAAGGAAGGACACAUUGAACGUUCACAUACAAGUAGUUCAUGAUGGCCAUAAGAAAUACAAAUGUGAUUUGUGUGACAAAGCCUUUGUGACACCGUCUGUGCUUAAGAGUCAUAAAAAAACUCACACGGGCGAGAAAGAGAAAAUCUGUCCAUACUGUGGACAGAAGUUUGCAAGCAAUGGAACACUGAGAGUACAUAUUCGAAGUCAUACAGGUGAGCGUCCGUACCAGUGUCCUUACUGUGACAAAGCUUUCAGCAAGAAUGAUGGGUUAAAAAUGCACAUUCGCACCCACACAAGGGAAAAGCCUUACCAAUGCUCCGAGUGCAACAAAGCCUUCAGUCAGAAACGAGGUCUAGACGAGCACAUGAGAACCCACACAGGGGAGAAGCCUUUCCAGUGUGAUGUUUGUGACUUGUCGUUCAGCCUGAAGAAAAUGCUGAUCCGGCACAAACUGACUCACAAUCCCAAUCGCCCCAUGGCGGAAUGCCAGCUAUGCCACAAAAAGUUUACAAGAAACGACUACCUCAAAGUACACAUGGAAAAUGUCCAUGGAGAAACUGACAGCUAAUUUUGGCUUGCACGAAAGAGUGUCUAGUGUUUCCUUUGUAGGAGUAUAAACUCCAGACUUCUCACCUGAUUAGUGCACACAAGACACACACACAAAACUCUAAUGUGUUCACAUAAUCACUUUUUUCAUGGUGUCUUGUAUUUCUGUUCAGACAAAAAAGAAAAAGGGUACCCUAAAUUACAUGAGGCUAGAAUCAGCAUAAGUUUACAUAAUGCGGGUGGAUUUAUAAGACCAUUUUAGAAGGGCAAAUUGUCACCCAAAGCCAUCGCCAUUCUGUUAUAGGUAAGAGUUCUUUUUAAAUGCUCUAUCAUAUGGUGAAGUAGAUAGUUAACUAAAGCUGCAAUCCAAAGCACACUUACUGGGUGUAAAUUCCAGUCUGCUGUUCCAGUAGACAUGCUUAGCUUUGCACUGCACAGGGUGUAAAUGUUUUGUUGCCGAGAUAUGGGGAAACAGUUGCUUUCUCUAAGGAAACAAUCAGUGAGUUUUCUGAAAUAAUAGUAUAAACUCACUGUAUCUCAUUCCUCAGACAUUCUCACAGUCUAGUUUGAAAUUUUACAUAUUGAGGAUGGUGCUUUGAAUUACCUUAAUCCACCUCAUAAUUACACAUGAUUAGGUUCCAUAGAAAGCAUGGGGACCUCAGCAAAUGUCACCCUAGGACAAUAAAGCAAGUCCCUGUACUGGUAACUGAGAGAUUGCUAAGUCUGUGCAGCACUUUAUUACGCUUUAGUAAUAUUAUAAUAGUGGCUAGAUUUUUAUUAACCCGGUAAAUUGACUUCAAUUCUGUUAAAGCAGCAUGGCUCUUGCAAGCAAAGUUUAUUCUGGUUUAUAACGUUUUGAUUAAAUUCAGAACUGAUAUUGAAAUACUAGAAUAUUUUUCAAGUGCCACCGUGCUGUGGAGAAUGAGAUCUGGGGACAUGCCGUCUCAACUGCUUCAGCAUGGUUUAUUACUUUGGGUUGCUAUUGUGGAAGGCAAAUCAAAAGCAAGCAAUGUGAGUAAUUUUUGUUGAAAUGCUACGUUAGCACUAAUGCGAUAUUUGUAAAUGCCAGUGCCAGAGGAAACAAAAUCUCAGAAUGGUAUUCAACAUCUGAUUAAGUCAAGGAACAUGUAAUUAAAUUGCUAGGAAGAAUUUUUACCCCAUGGAAUUCUGUGGAGUUUAGAGUUAGGCUUGUGCAAUGAAUCUGUCAUUCAUAUUCUUUUUUUAUAUAUUAUUAUUAUAAAGACCAAGACUGGGUUAUGAAUAAUUUGCUAACUACAUUACUUUUUCAGCAAGUAGUUUGUCAUAAUUAUUAAUGGAAAGCCUGUAAAUUCUCUUACUUGGAUAAGCCAGUUAAUGUUCAAGGAAGCAAAUAAUGCACCAAGGUGUCAUCUUUGUAGGAAACAAAAGUUUUUUAAUAAAUUUGGUUCUAGGUUGA